GUUGGCUGGUGGGAGAACGGACACCUGCGGCUUCGUUACCAUCCCUGGUCUCGUUACGGCUCUUUCCUGAAGCCUCUGGAUGACGCCCAGCACCUCCGAGUGGUCACCCUGGAGGAGAGGCCCUUCGUCAUUGUGGAGCCUGCUGACCCCGGCACCAGCUCCUGCAUCCGGGACUCCGUGCCCUGCCGCAUGCCCGUCAACUCCAGUUUGGUGGUGGACAGCGCCGGGCCCAUGAAGCACUGCUGCAAAGGGUUCUGCAUCGACGUCCUGAAGCGCCUGGCCAAGAUCGUGGGCUUCACCUACGACCUUUACCUGGUGACAAACGGCCGGCACGGCAAGAACAUCGACGGGGAGUGGAACGGCAUGGUCGGAGAG